UUAUUAUGUUCUUGUAUUGUUUGUUUGCAGCGCCUAUGGGAAACCAGAUUUGGAGAUGAAUCCUUCAGCCUCGAGCUGGCAAACUGUAACUGAAAACGUGGGUGUUUCCGCCAUGCACAUGCAGUUGAUGACAAACAACAGGGUUGUCUGGUAUGACGCCAUUAAUCUUGGUCGCUCCGCACUGAUGCAGAAUCCUAAGUGGUGCAGAAAAGAUGAUAAGGGCCGUGAAGACUGCUGGGCUCAUGGCGUUACCUAUGAUCUCGACACCGCUAAAGUUGUCAAGACACUCAAGUUGAGCCUGAAUACAUGGUGCUCGUCGGGAGGGCUGUCGAGCACCGGAAAAUUGAUAAGCACCGGAGGCUACGACAAAGGUUUUCGAGGAAUUAGAAUCCUGGAACCCUGCGAUUUAUGCGAUUUCAAGGAAGAUGUUGGACUUUCUGCAAACAGAUGGUAUGCUUCUCAACAAGUCUUGGAAAAUGGUGAUUUUAUCGUGGUGGGAGGAAGAAAAUCUCACAACUAUGAAAUUGUCCCGCCAGAUCAGCUUAAAUUCCCGAACAAACAAUUUCCGCUUCGGCUGCUCGAGGAAACCACCGACGGCUUUCUGAGAAUAAUUUGUAUCCAUUUGUGUACCUCCUCCCCGACGGCAAUGUCUUCCUCUUCGCCAACGAUCGCUCCAUUAUUUUCAACCCUAGAACCGGAAAGACGAUUCGGGAGCUUCCUAAGCUGCCAGGGGGUCCCGGAACUACCCGGCCUCGGGCAAUCCGCGCUUCUUCCUCUCAAACUCACCAAAGCGAAUGAUUUUGUGAAGGCGGAGGUUUUGGUUUGCGGCGGCAAUACACACGAAGCCUUCAAGGUCACGGAGCAUCCGCCGAGGCAAUUUCCGCCGGCGUUAAAGGAUUGCGGCAGGAUUGUUGCGAAUCAGGAAGGGGCCAAGUGGGAAAUUGAGGAGAUGCCGUCGGGGAGGGUUAUGGGAGAUAUGUUGAUUCUCCCCGAUGGGAAUGUCCUCAUAAUUAAUGGCGCGAAAACCGGGACCUCUGGUUGGGACGGGGCGGAGGAAACCAAAUUUCACUCCGGUGCUUUACAGCCCGGAUAA